UCCGGUUGGUGAAUGUUGUGGAGCUGCACUUGUACCAGGAUGCGGAUGUUUACCUUAAAUACCUUUUUAAUAACGUUUUUGUUACUUUUAUUGGAACAACGAGGCACCUUUGCUCUUCAAGAUGUAACGGUGGAGCUGUUCGGGACCAACAAGUAUGGGACGGUGGCGGCGUUUGGUGACUUCAACUCGGAUAAACAGACUGACAUCUUUGUCAUCAGAGAGCAAUCUGAGGUUGUGAUUUUGUUGGCUGACUCCAAGUCUCCUUACUUCAAGCCCAAAGUUAACAUCACCAAGGACAUGCUUCCAGGGGACACAAAAAUUACCAGUGUUGUUCCUGGAGAUUAUGAUGGAGACUCUCAGAUGGAUGUCCUUCUGACAACUCUGGACAAAAAUUCAAAAACAUCUGUUUUAAUUUUCUGGGGAAACAACCACACAUUAGAAACCUCUAAGUGGUAUACCAUAAAUUUCACCUUUACAGAUCAGCCUCUUGUUAUGGAUUUCAAUGGCGACAUGAUUCCAGAUGUCUUUGGGGUGACCACGCCUCCCAAAACUGUAGUCUGUUAUCUUACCGAAAGGAUUCAAGAGUGCAGGAAUGAUUUUAAUAAAUCAAUCAAACUGCGCACUCCUCACUCUAAUGCUUUCAUUGACCUCAACAAGGACUUCACUGCUGAUUUGUUCCUGACAACUGAAGAUGGGAACUUUGAGACUUGGCUAAAUAAGGACGGGGCCUUCACCAAGGGGGAAGUCGUCUCAAGUCCAGCAAAAACCACCGGGCAGUCCUCCUUUGUCGACUUUGAUGGAGAUGGCUACCAGGAUCACCUUCUACCUGCAUGUUUGGAUGCAGCCUGUCAGCAGAGUGUCAUCUACAUCGCCAAGCGGAGUUCAAAAGAGUGGGUGCCAAUCCUGUUUGAUUUCAAGCAAAGGGACACCGUUUGGGGCUUUGUACCAGGAAAUACCAACUAUCCUCUGAUCCUGCAUCUCGGUGACUACAACCUGGACGGCUUCCCUGAUGCCCUAGUGAUCCUCCGCAACACCAGUGGCAGUGAUCAGCGGGCCUUCCUGUUGGAGAACGCUCCCUGUAACGUACCCAACUGCAGCAGCGUGGGACGGAUGUUCCGCAUCCACUGGGACCAAACGGAUCUGGGGGCGAUCCAGAAGGCCGUCAUGGCUACUUUCUUUGACAUCUAUGAGGAUGGAAUAUUAGACAUGCUCAUCAUGAGCAAGACAGAGGACAAAGGCGACUUAAUGAUCCACGCAUUGAAGAACAAUUUUGAAGCUGAUGCCUAUUUUGUUAAAGUGAUGGUGCUCAGCGGCCUCUGCUCUAACGCCUGUCCUGAAGAUGUCAAGCCAUUUGGUGUGAAUCAGCCAGGCCCUUAUGUCAUGUACACCACAGUGGACUCUAAUGGCUACUUGAAAAAUGCCUCAGCUGGUCAGCUGAGCCAGUCGGCUCAUUUCUCCCUGCAGCUGCCCUACACUGUGCUGGGCCUCGGACGCAGCGCCAACUUUCUGGACCACCUCUUCGUUGGCAUUCCCAGGAAGCCUGGAGAAACGGAGACAAGGAAACAUGAGUGGACGGCCAUCAUUCCCAACUCUCAGCUCAUAGUCAUUCCCUUCCCACACAAUACUCCCCGCAGCUGGAGCGCUAAGUUGUACCUCACUCCUAGCAACAGCGUCCUGCUGACGGCCAUCGCGCUGAUCGGCGUGUGCGUCUUCAUCCUUGUGAUUAUCGGCAUCCUCCACUGGAAAGAGAAGAAAGCAGACGACCGAGAGAAAAGGCAGGAAGCCCACCGUUUCCAUUUUGACGCCAUGUGAAGGAGCAGCGCUGCACCACGGGAACGCCUUGACCCCUUGACCUCUCGACCCCCCUUCUCAUCCUAGGCGCUCAGUUUGACCCGCACUCAUUUCAGGGGCCAAUAAAUUGAUACUUGUGCCCUAAAGUGAUUCUUUUUUUCUUUUAUUUUUUUUAUUUUUUUUUUUUAUAUCCUUUUCAGUCGAGGAGUCGGAUGUGAAAUAUUUAUGUUCCAUUUGAUUUAUUCAUUCCAGUGUUAGAAGCGCGUCCUGACGGGGAGCGCUGUUUAAGCAGCAGAUUCUCAGCAAAGAUUUGUGUUUGCAAGUAACUCCACAUCUGCUUGUUGCUAUGGUUUUUACUUCAGUGAAACUUUCAUUAAAGGUUAGCAUCUGUUGGGUCAAGUGUUGAAAUUGGGCAAUGUUAACUUGAAAUCCAUGUUAUUUCUUUUUAGUUUUGCAGUUGUUUUUUCUCUCUCUCCUGGUUUUUUCAGUGAAUUUGAACAGAUUCACCCGAAGCUGAAUGGAAAAUGAAUAGAAGUGAAUCGGUACAAGUCGAAGCUUUGCCGACUGCAAGUUCAGAUUUUCCCCAGCUGAUUGUAUCAAAGCUUAUCACAGAAGUCAAAAAAAAAAAAAAGUAUCUGCAAACACGUCUGCACCGGGCUGAGGGAGCAGUCUGAACACGGUCGGUCCUGCUGAGCGAAGUCCACUUUACUGUGAUUGGAACUGGAUUCUUCUGUCUUCUUAAAGCUGAAGCAUUUCACUUUUGCAAAAAUAUGUUGUUUUUUUUUCCAUAUUUAUUAAAACUGCCAUCAUGUUGUGACAGUUUCGUAUGAGAGAGAUGAUCUGUGAAAAUAUUGUGCUCCUCCACUUCCUCUGUGAUCUACUAAUGCUGUUCCGCCCCUGAUCAAAAACAAAAAAUCAGAGCCUCCUGCUGGCUCCUGCUGGCGCUAAGCCAGCAGGAGGGCUUAGCGCUGUCAAUCAUUCUCAUGUACUUGCUGCUCAAUAUAUUAGUGGUGCAUAAACAACUUACCAUUGCAGAAAAACAAUUUCUCUGUAGUCAUUGGUUACAAUGCUAACUGAAGUGAUUGACAGCACUAAGACCCUCCUCCUGUCUCUGAUUGGUUGUUUCUGACUGGGUGGUGUAUUUCUGUUAGUUCUGGGAGAAGGUAAAGGAGCUGUAUUAUUUGUUUUUAACAGAUUAUUUGUCUUGCAUUUCUGUCACCACAUAAUGAUCAUCAUUUUAACAAAACAUAUAUGUUUUUGUAAAAGUCACACAAGCUUCAAAAGCUUGAUUGAGCCAUGUCCUCCGACUUGCCAUCUUAUUUAUUUUCCACCGAUGAGCUAAACGCCGUCGAUGUUCGCACUUUCUAAGCUAAUUAUUAUUCGUGGUUGUGUUUUGCUGUAAUUGAUCCUGUAUGGUGAAUUCUGCUUGCAAAUGAAUGUUCAGGCAUCUAACCGUGUUUAGCUUACAUGUUGGCUGAGAAUAAAGGUUUCUUCUCGUGUGA